AUGACGUAUGGUAUCGAUCUUAGCAUUGGUGAUGAUAGAGAGGAGAGAGCAAUUGUGUUGUACCAGUAUAUGACUCAAAGAAUGCAUAGGCUCUUCCAACCGGUGCCUCAAGAAGUAUUGAUGCGACAAAUGGUGGACAGGCAACAAGAGGAUGAAGAUGCAAGGAUGAUGCAUGGCUACUUUGGACCUAACUGUACUUGGGGCCCUAAGAAGUUCAACCAACGUUUGGUUGUUGUGGAUCCUGCUUUUGAUUUCCAAGUUGAUUUCACCGGAAAACUUGGCCAAUCUCCCCACAUGAAGAUGUAUGACGUAAUGAAAUGUUUGUGUAAAAGCAUAGCCGCUGAUAGCACAGAUGAUUAUGUCCGUAUGGGAGCGUCGACCGUCUAUAUGUAUGUCAAGAGGUUUACUAGGGUAAUUGUUGGGCACUUUGGUCCAAGGUAUAUGCGACUUCCUACAAGAGAAGACACGGAAAGAUUAUUGGCAGAAAAUGCAGCUAGAGGGUUUCCUGGAAUGCUUGGAAGUGUUGAUUGUAUGCAUUUUCAGUGGAAGAAUUGUCCAACAGCAUGGGCAGGUACGUUCCGUGAACAUGAGAAAAAACCUACCAUCAUCUUAGAAGUUGUGGCAUCAUAUGAUCGGUGGUUUUGGAAUGGUUUCUUUGGAACACCAGGGUCGAACAACGACUUGAACGUCUUGGAUCAAUCUCCACUUUUUGAUAUGAUGGUUAAUGGUUUAGCAGCUCCUUGUAAUUACCGCAUCAAUGGACACAUCUAA